GAGCCUUAUAACUGAAAAGUUUUUUACGGUCACGAUUGUCACUGAUUGGAUUAAAUAUGUUAAAUUGAUACAGUGAGUCAAGCAGCGAUGUACACUAUGAUAUGAGCGUAAAGUGGACGUGUUUACGUAAAAGUAGAAAGCGACCAGUUUCGAGGGUCGUCACUAGUUAUCCCAGCCUAUUUCUACAAUUACUCUUCUUAAAAUUGAAUGUUAAACCUGACCUUAAUCACACCACUGCUAGCCCUAACGUUAAAUCAAGUUUUGUUUCCACGAAUUUUUACGAUAUACUCUUUUGGCUUUGUGGCUGUGGUAACUAGUGUAAACCGUUUUCGAGUAGACAACAGCAGAGCAACCAGCUGCACAGACGGACAUGAACUCAAAACAGCAGGCAACACGUCUGCAAAACAUGCUUGUGUGAAGUCGCUUACCGUACACUUUGCACCAUAAUAUCCAACAAUAAGUGUGUAAUUUGGAAAAAGCUUAUUCAAAAUGUGGAUAACCCCAGAGGAGGUGUUGCUUGCCAACGCUCUGUGGGUGAGCGAAAGGGCGAACCCCUUCUUCAUUCUCCAGAGGAGAAAGGGCCAUGGCAAAGGAGGGGGCAUCACUGGCUUGUUGGUGGGCACCAUGGAUGUUGUCCUGGACUCCAGUGCCAGAGUGGCUCCCUAUAGGAUCCUGCACCAGACAGGGGACUCACAGAUCUUCUGCAGCAUCGCAUGUGGCUCCUCCCGGAAGGAGAUCACAGAGCAUUGGGAGUGGCUGGAGACCAACCUGCUCCAGACGCUCUCCAUUUUUGACAACAAUGAAGAUAUCACCACCUUCGUCAAGGGGAAGAUCUCGGGCAUCAUCGCCGAGGAGAACAAGAGCAAGGCUGCCCUGGAGGAUGAGGACUCUGGCAAGUUCCGUGAGGCUGAACUGAAGAUGAGGAAGCUGUUUGGCAUGCCCGGCGAGGAGAAGCUGGUCAACUACUACUCCUGUAGCUACUGGAAGGGCCGUGUGCCCCGGCAGGGCUGGGUCUACCUCAGCGUCAACCACCUCUGCUUCUACUCUCUCCUCCUGGGGAAAGAAGUGACCCUGGUGGUGCAGUGGACGGAGGUCACCCGCCUAGAGAAGAACGCCACGCUGCUGUUCCCGGAGAGUGUGCGGGUGAGCACGCGGCACACGGAGCACUACUUCUCCAUGUUCCUCAACGUUAACGACACCUUCAAGCUCAUGGAGCAGCUGGCCACCAUCGCCAUGCGCCAGCUGCUGGACAACGAGAGCUUCGCGGCCGACCACUCGCUGCCCAAGGCCUGCAAGACGCUCAAGAAUGUCUCAGCACUGAAGAGGGACCUGGACGCACGGGCCAAGAACGAACGUUACCGGGCGCUGUUCCGCCUGACCCAGGACGAGCGCCUGGACGGACACACAGACUGCACGCUGUGGACUCCCUUUGCCAAGAUGCACAUCGUGGGCCAGCUGUUUGUCUCCAACAACUACAUCUGCUUCUGCAGCCGUGAGGAGGACCUCUGUCAGCUCAUCAUUCCCCUCAGAGAGGUGUCCAUUGUGGAGAAGGCAGACAGCAGCAGCGUCUUGCCCUGCCCCGUGUCCAUCAGCACCAAGAACAAGAUGACCUUCCUCUUCGCCAACCUCAAGGACCGUGACUUCCUGGUCCAGCGCAUCUCCGACUUCCUGCAGCGCACCCCUGAAAGUGGCCAUUCGGGUUCUCCCAGCCCUAGUACCACCCCUCUCUCCUCCAGCCUCCCCACACCCACUGGUGCAGCAGGGGAACCGUCCCAGAGGCGCCACUACAGCCCCAGCCUGCCAACAGCCACUCAGAGCCUGCUCCACAUCUACCAGAAGGACGCCCCAGAGGAACACGGACCCAAAGCUACAAAGGAGAAGAUGAAGGAGGAGUCGUGGAACAUCCACUUCCUUGAGUUUGGCAGGGGAGCUCAGAAUGAGAUGGACACCCACCCUGGCUACUACGCUGAGCGGGUGGAGCAGGCCAUGGGCCGCUGUACCCUGGCCACGGAGGAGAUCGAGAGGGACCUGCACCGCUCCAUGCCUGAGCACCACGCCUUCCAGAAUGAGAUGGGCAUCGCUGCCCUCCGCAGGGUCCUCACCGCCUACGCCUGCCGCAACCCUGGCAUAGGAUACUGCCAGGCGAUGAACAUUGUGACGUCGGUACUGCUGCUGUACUGUACGGAGGAGGAGGCCUUCUGGCUUUUGGUGGCUCUGUGUGAGAGGAUGCUGCCUGACUACUACAACACCAGGGUGGUGGGUGCUCUCGUUGACCAGGGUGUGUUUGAGGAGCUGACUCGCGCGUGCCUCCCUUUCCUCUACGAGCACAUGCAGGAGCUGGGAGUCAUCUCCACCAUCUCCCUCUCCUGGUUCCUCACCCUGUUCCUCAGCGUCAUGCCCUUCGACAGCGCUGUGCUUCUGGUUGACUGCUUCUUCUAUGAGGGCAUCAAGGUCAUCUUCCAAGUGGCACUGGCCGUGCUGCACGCCAACAUGGACACCCUACUGGACUGCAAUGACGAGGGAGAGGCCAUGACCAUCCUUGGACGGUAUCUGGACAAUGUUGUCAACAAGCAGACCGUGUCUCCGCCCAUUCCCCACCUCCACGCCCUGUUGACCAGUGGCGAUGAGCCGCCGCCUCAGAUUGACGUGUUCCAGCUCAUCAAGUCAUCCUGUGAGAAGUUUGGUAGUUUGCGUGCUGAUGUCAUCGAGCAGAUGAGGUUCCAUCAGAGGUUAAAGGUCAUCCAAUCGCUGGAGGACACCGCCAAGAGGAGCGUGGUAAGAGCUAUCAUGACAGACUCCGCCUUCAGUAUCGAGGAGCUAGAAGAACUCUAUGUUCACUUCAAGGCCAAGCACAUAAUGAGCUGCUACUGGGGGGCCAGCACCACAGCGGCAGAGCGCCACGACCCCAGUCUGCCCUACCUGGAGCAGUACCGCAUUGACCUGGGACAAUUCUGCCAGCUGUUCGGGGCCCUGGGAACCUGGCUCUGUGGGACACACACCGCCACGCUGGCUGCGCGCCUCUUCCGCCUGCUGGACAUGAACAAGGACGGCCUCAUCAACUUCAAGGAGUUUGUCACGGGUCUGAGUGGGAUGUACCACGGAGACAUGACAGAGAAACUCAAGUUACUGUACAAUCUUCACCUGCCGCCAGCAUUGUGUCCAGAGGAGGCCGAGUCGGCACUGGAAGCUACACAGUUCUUCACUGAUGACACUCCACAGGAACCUCCCUUCCUGUCUGAUCUGGACUUCCUGGUGCAGGAAGUGACCUCAGGAGAGGAGGUGAAAGUGGCUGAGGACGCAUUGGGAAGCGGAGAUGCAGAGGAGAAGAAAGAGGUGAAGGACUAUAAGUACUACCUGCGGAUGUGGGCCAUGGAGAAUGAGCCCAAGAAGGAGACCAUUAAAGACCUUCGCAGGAUGAACCAGGAGCAGUUCAUAGAGCUGUGUAAGACCCUGUACAACAUGUUCAGCGAGGACCCACUGGAGCAGGAGCUCUACCACGCCAUCGCCACUGUGGCCAGCCUGCUGCUGCGCAUCGGAGAGGUGGGCAAGAAGUUCACCAACAACGGCGCCAACAAACCAACCGACACCACCAACGCCCAGGCUCCCGCCCCCGCCGCUGAACUGCUCCAACCCGAAAAAGAGGAGCCGGAUGGGGAGAGCAGCUCAGGGCAGUCCCUGGUCUGCAGGGCCUUGGCGGAGGCCCAGCUGGAAACACUGCCUCAGCAGACGUCGGACGAAGAAGUGAAGGAUGACACGUCGGUCUCGUCCUACUCCAUGGUGAGCACAGGUUCUCUGCAGUGUGAGGACAUCGCCGACGACACAGUCCUGAUUGGCUGCGCCGGCGACCAGCAGCGACAGGGAAGCAUAUUGGAAGGCGAUUGGUCCAUCACCUUUGAGCAGGUGCUGGCGUCGAUGCUCACCGAGCCGCCCCUGGUGGACUACUUUGAGAAGAAGGGAGACAUUCAGGCAAGGAUGGCUAUCUGUAAGAUGCAAAGGAGGGUGGAAAGGCAGGUGAGCUCGUCAAGCGACCACGAAUUGGCCCAGCUCUCAACCUGACUCACCUCACUUCUCACCCGUAGGGGAAACCCAUCACUGUCCUACUCAAGUUACUGUUGCUCCUUGCCUCACUACCAUUUCACAGGGAGCUCUAGACCUGUAUCUCUGUUGUGAUUGUCAUCCUUAUACAGAACCAGAUGUGUGUGUGUAUAUAGGAAAUAUAUCUAUUGAAACAAAAUACUCCAGAGUCUGCCCAACGGAUCCUACCUUUUGAUAAAAGCCACAUGACUCAAAACAUUUAGGGCUGGUUUCCCAGAACCGCAUUCCACCUAAGCCUGUAACUAGACUAAAAAGCACAUUCAAAAUAUAGAUUGUCCAUUGAUCAUGCUUUCUAUUCCAGGACUAAGCUUUAAUAUUGAUCUGGGAAACCGGGCCUUGGAGCGUAGUGGCUAAUCCAAGGGUAGGAUGUUGGUACUCAACUGUAUUAUUGUAUCUAUCCCUGUGCCCUUUCUGUUGCUUCUCUGCACUCUGCGGACCACAAUCAAAGCUGUGGAUAAAUGCCUUUAAAUAUAAGACAUGUAUACGUUUGUGUGUCUGUGAAAUCCACAGCUGUCUCAAACUAAAGAAAGAAAGCCUUGCCUUAAAAAAAUAAGAAGACUAAACUGGAUGUUAGAUUUUUUUGUAAAGAGCUUGUUUUUGUUUUAUGUCGUUUUUUCUUAGGAAGAACGUUGGCGUUACCAGUCGGUUCUCUGGCCAGUACUUGUUUUAUUAGUCCCAAUUCAGCAGUCUUAACUAACCGUCAAUGAAUCUGCAGCCUUCAGAUAAGCAUGGAGCUUCUCUCAUUGGGUGACUUGUCUGCCACUCGUAACUUACUAGGGCCUGAUUAGACCGUUCAUUCAUCAAAUUACCUCAAGUAUUGUUUUACCAACAGAAAUACUAUAACCAUUACAGAAAUACUAAUACCAUUACAGUUACUAGGCCUAACUGUCAGUUUUAUCUAUGUAUUUGGGCCGAGGUAAAUUGAACACCUGUAAGUAAGUGUUCGAUGGAUACCCCUGCAAUGCACUUCUGUCGUUUCAGAAUAGCAGUAAGGAAACACUUCCUGAUGGUUUACUGAAAACAAGCAACUACUAUUUUUUACUGAUUUGCAAUUACAUUUCAGUCUAGAAAUAUUUGCUUAAUGUCAUGUAAGGCUUUUUGUUGGAUUAUCCAUCACGCCUGUAGGUGUCAACCUGUAAAUUGCUGCAUAUCAUAUUCGUAGUAUCUUCUGUUGUUCAGAGCAUGUAAAUGUAAAAAAGAGAAGCUUUGUACGCAGUAUUUUGAUUUACUACAAACCCACAUUGGUCACAAACAGAUAUUUUACACAGGCAGUUCUACAGAAUGCUUAAUGCCCGCUUUCGUCAACAGCUAUCUUUAAUGUUUUACCAGAAAAAAGUAUCUUUUUACAACCCCUUUUAAACCAUUCAGCUCCCCUACUUCGGAAGGGACUGGACAGAUGUAAACAAUGGCUCCAGUCCGGAUGAGGUUUGGGGAUUGUCUGGAAUAUUGCUCACACCUAUCUAGUUACUUCAGACACUAGUAGUAAAUAGGAGUUAGGGAUUGUUAGACAAGGCUAUUGGCUCCUCACAGUUUGUUUCCCCUAUGGCUAUCCAGACAGGUCUGGUUAUCAGCUGAGAAAUGUGCUAACACUAAAACCAGACUGUAGGUUGUCUGGCUGGCCCAUUGUGCAUAACGAAACACAACAGUCCGGCGUUGUUUGUAGCAUUACAUACCAAGUUUAUCGUCACUUUGUAAGAUAACUGUUUUAUACCCCAAGGUAAAUUUAUCACAGUGUUAUUUGGCCUAAAACACCAAAGUACCAUUUCAUUCAAUUGUAUGUUGUUUUUUCCAACAAAAAUUGCACAUAAACCCUGUCUCACUCUUUGUAUAUUAUUUGCUUUGCACUUGCCUAUGUUUCUGAUAUAUAAUGAAAAUGACUAAUUGUACUUGUUUACCUUGCAGACUACUUUCUAAAUGUGAAAACAAAGAAUGAAGAAGCAGUUUGGGAUCCUUUUUGGUUCUAGGAAUGUCGGCCUAUGUGGCCGUUGCAAGUUUGUUUAUCCACCUACAGCUAUAAUGUCAUCACUGUAUUCAUGUAACAGAUUUAUUUAUUCACAAACUUGCAUUUUAAAUUCUUUGAUCAGUACUGUGCUAUGUUGUGUACUAAAUACAAAUAGUGAA